AUGGUACCUAACAAUGAGCUGGAGCGCCUAGUAGUCAUGCGAUUAUUCAAGCUUUCCAAACUUUCGUUGUCAGGGACAGGCAAGUUGUUCAUCAGUACCUAUCUGAUCAGCAAGGCUUUGCAAUGGCGUUCUGAGGCUAUCCGAAACGUGAUAAAUUGGUACAAUAUCCAGGCUGUCGCUCUAAAUCCCCCACACCCGAAAAUUUCAUGGAAAGAUAUUGUCGAUUAUAGUUUUCUUGGCGAGUUUGAUUUGUUACGACAUUCACACACCGACAUUCGCAGCAAUGAUUGGGCCAAACCAGCCCAUUGGGAAGCAACUAAUAAAUUUUUCAAGUUAUGCCGUGCUCAUGAAGAAGUUGAGCGACUUAACAUUAAAGUUUGCCACUUACCCACUGCAAUUCAUGCUGAAGAACUCCAAACCUCUGUGGUUAUUGACGAUCUACUUCUUUCAGACCCGAGACUGGCUGCUGAGCUGCAGCGCCAAUGCUGUCCAUCGCUAUCGCUUAGAUCAUAUUGA